AUGGACUGCUCUUCGCAGAGGAUGACUCGGCAUGCCAUUCCAAUUCAUGGACUUUGUGUGAGGGUACUCGAUUCAAAAAGUUUUGUCGGAACAGCCACUACUCUUGCUAGAAUUGCCCAAAGCACAUACCAGCAUGGAGAUGGCCAUGGAGCACCAGAUAGCAAAUCCAAGAAAACGAAUUUAGCUGUUUCUCCUCUUGCUAAAUCUGCCUGA